AUGCCAGUCACGAGGGCUCGAUUUGGAUGCCGAGCUGCCAGGCCCUGGUGGGCGGAGCUGGAUCCCGAGGACUUCCCAGAUCUGCCACCCAUCCCCACGUACGCCUUGGAGGCUGGGUCAGAGCUGCUGUGGUCGCUGACCAUCCAAGUGCCGUUCGACACUCCGAAGCCGCGGACCAACAACGUAUUCCGAGUGCGCGUGAUGGAUCCCAACAAGGUGGCGGUUGAUGGAAAUUUGUGGCUGCCCGGUGAGGAGGCUGGGGCAGUGCGUGUCAGGAUUUUGAUGCGAUCGAGCUAA